CUUUGUGUGCGUGUGAAAGGCAAACGCGUUGUGGCCCCCCUCGCCCCUCCUCCCAAAUGUCUCGCCAGCCCCUCGCCGUUGCGCACGGCAACCUGACGCGACGCUAGGCGGCCGGGCGGGGCGAGCAUGCGACACUGGCCCGGCGUGUGCAGGCGGUGGCGCUGAUGAGCCAUGGACGAGUUCAGUAGCAGGACGUAUGGCACCAGCGGCCUGGACAACAGACCUCUCUUCGGCGAGACGUCAGCGAGGGAUCGCAUCAUCAACUUGGCAGUGGGAGGAUUUACGUCUUUAGUUGUGCUGGUGACCGUCAUCAGCUCUUUCGUUUUCCCGUCGUUGCCUCCGCGGCCGCUCAACGUUUUUUUUGCCGUUUGCAUCCUGCUCGCCUGUGGAUCCACCAUUUUGCUGAUCUUCUGGUACCGCCAAGGCGACCUGGAGCCCAAAUUCCGCAACCUGAUCUACUACAAGCUGGCUUCUAUCGUGUUGCUGUGUCUCUGUGCCAACCUCUACUUCCACGACGUCAGGUGAGCCACCAGCGUGCCGACACCGGCCAGGACGGGAACAACCCUCGCCCCGCAGCCGCUGGUCUGGUCUGGACUGGUCAGGACAGGACAGGACGUGUUUACACACUGCGCACCGUGCAAGGAAACCUGCACAGAAGUCGUCCUUGCAUCGCUUCUUGUUCGGUGCUCGUCUCUCUCUCACACACACACACACGCACGUAUGCACAACACUCAGGUGGACGUGAAUGAAGGCAGCCCUUCAAUGCAAUGACUCUCUCCUUUCUUUUUUUUUUGGUUUGUUUGUUUGCCAUAACCAUGGCAACGGGUGCCGUCCGUGAAGGAGGCAUCCCGCGGGGCAUGGAGGGCCGCUUCAGGAUUGACUGCUUGCUAUCUGAUUGAAGGCCCGUGCACUCGUGCAAGGUCAUCGAGGCCACUCUUGCUUUUCUGAUGUGGUCGACGCCUGGACCUUUGCGGUUGCUACAAAACGUCAACUAGUAGUUUUGCCUCACGACGAGUUUGCCAAAGUUGUCGUACUUGCGCAGAGUGGGGAAAAAUGUGAAGUCGCAGUCAUUCUACGCGUGUGCGCUGGUCACUGUCUGACUGGCAACAUUUGGCCUCCCUAGUAGGACAAAAAGCAGCGCACUCGUUGGCGACCCGUACGACAAAGUGACAUCAUUCAAGUACGUCUGCAGAUUUGCCUCACUACUUGUGACAUAUGUCGUCGUCCUACCAAUCUGCCAAAUUUGUCCUACUCGUGUGCAGAAACGUCAUUCGGCUGGCGAGGGGAA